AUGAUUGUAAAUGAAUUGUACCUGUUGGCAUAUGUAAGGUCAAAGUUAGAAUCCCUGGAUGGUAUUGUGCCACCUUCCAAUGGCUUUCUGAUAAGUAGUACAGGCAUGAAAAAUGUUUGGUUGUCAAUGGAACAUCAGGCUAUUUUGUGGUGUAACCAGCUAGUUGUGCAAGUGUCACAUACUCUCCUUAGUCUGAUAGACUCCAAAACAGGCCAGCCAUUUCCUGAAGCUAAUAAGAGACUUGCAGUAUUUGCAAGUAUGCUUCGUAGUGGGAUACCACAGAGUUUCAACUGGAUGUCAUCCCAUAGAUCAACAUAUAUUGCUUUUAAGGAUGUGAAAGAUGCAGCUGGUUCUCAAGUGCAUACUUUGUCUAGUUGCCCUAACAAUGUUCACUGGAAUGAUGAUGGCUUUGAUAGAGAUUUAUAUAUCCAGGCAACUACCAUGACUGUUUUGGCAAUGGAUGGGAGGAGACGGUGGUUGGAUAUACUGAAAUUGGGGUCAGAUGGAAAAGGACACUUCAUGUUUGUAACAAAUCUCGCUCCAUGUUUUGGGGUUAGACUUCAUUUAUGGCCUGAAAAGGGGAAAUCUGCUUCAGAAAUGGCUGCAAGUAAAAGGGUUCUAGAGGUGACAGCAAAAUUGGUGCAGAUUCCAUCAGGACCGGCACCAAGACAGAUUGAACCUGGCAGUCAGACUGAGCAAGCACCUCCAUCUGCUGUACUCUGGUUGAGUCCUGAAGAUAUGCGUGGUUUCAGAUUCUUGACUGUCUCAGUUGCUCCUCGUCCGACUAUUUCAGGCAGACCUCCACCGGCAGCUUCCAUGGCAGUUGGUCAGUUCUUUAACCCAGAUGAUGGAAAGAGAGAAUUAUCUACUCAAUUUAUGCUUCUAUCUACCCGUUCUCAGAAGGAAUUACUUCUGAAGGAGGAUCAUCCCCUAGCUCUCAAUUUAUCUUUCACUGUUAGCUUAGGCCUUUUGCCCAUUUCUUUAUCUUUGACAACAACAGGGUGUGGAAUACAAAGGUCUGGCCUUCUUGCAGAAGAGGUUGAAGACAUGGACAACAGUAGGCUUUGUAAACUGCGAUGUUUCCCACCGGUAGCGCUUGCUUGGGAUCCUACAUCAGGUCUUCACAUUUUUCCAAAUUUGUUCAGUGAAACUAUCAUGGUUGAUCCUCAUUGUUCGUACAAAGCAAGCAUAGCUGUUUCUGAAACUGCAGCUGCUAGCAGAUUUUUGCUUUUGUAUAGUUCACAGGUGAUUCUAGAGCCUCCUCCUAUAGUUGGUUUCUCCAUUGCUAUUAUCUUUUUUGCUCUGAUGCGACAAGCACAUGCCUGGGAUCUUGAUCUGCCCAUACCGUCAAUGCUGGUGGCUGUUGUGAGGGUUCUUAGAGUCAAUCAAUUACUUGUUGCUGCACUGACUGGUAUUAUCUUGGGGUGCUUUGUCCACCCAGCUCUGGAUGAUGGAAAUGAAAGAUCUCAGCAAUUUGCAUCCAAACAUGAUGCUGGACUCAACCAGAAUUUCCUGCCAGAAGAGAACAGCUCCAGUAGUCCUGACUCUUCAAGGAGUUUUGGGGACACACAAUUAGAGAUAUUUCAUCACCGGCAUGGUUUAUUGAUUCUACAUCUUCUUGCAACGCUAAUGUUUGUCCCCUCUUUUGUGGCUUGGUUGCAGAGAAUAGGCAUGGGUCAUAGCUUUCCGUGGUUCCUGGAUUCAGUUCUUUGCAUUGGCAUCAUUCUUCAUGGUAACUUCAACCCAAAGCCGGAGUUCAACUCCCUGUUUUUGUUCCCAAAAAUAUUUGGGAAAGAAGUAAGAUUGGACUUCAUCUACUUGCUUGCUGGCUACUAUUCCUAUCUCGCUGGCUUGGGCUUGGUGCCAUACAGAGUGUUUUAUGCCAUGGCUACUAUAGGGUUCAUAUCCUGGGAGAAGUCAUAUGCUUUGCAAGUGGAAGAGAUUGGUUCUGUACCCCUGGAUUCCGAUUCUGCAGAAAAGAAUGAUAUGAUUGAUUGUGCAAAGCAUGGUGAUCCUCCAAGAGUCUACUUGCUGGAGAUUUGGUCUCUUCCAUUCUACUUGUGA